UCCAUCAACAAAUAUGGCCUACCGAAAUUACGGGAUGUAUAAUUCGUCCUGCCCACAGACACCAGCUCCUCCGAGGGCCAACCAUCGCUUCCCGAUGUCGGCGGCUAUCUUGGAAACACCCUCCAUCAUGAGCUCGUUCCGGACGCCGACGGUGCCGUGCCCGAAAAAAACCACUCCAGCUCCUCCCGAACCUCCGGCCAUGCAAUUCAUUACACCGUUUUCUUCAAGCUCUUGGGCCGAAAGUUCGAUGUUUAGCGGAAACCCUGGGACAACGAAACCACCUCGGGCGGAAGGGUUGAACAACUCGUUUCUCAAUCGCAGUUUCACAUCAACCUACAGUAAAUCUUCAUCUAUGAAAACGAAUGUUCCGCUGGUGCCUUUACAUUCCAACUCGAUGCAGAAUAGAAGUCUAAUGGUACCGGAAAGAAAAUACACAGCACCGACACCGUCGACGUUUCCAAAGCUCGGCAACUUCCAUCGUACACAAGGAACAAAUCUCAACGCAACGAUGCCGCUGUUCAAUAUCAGCUCAUCGCUCGCUGGUAAACGAAAGUAUCCAGAGCCAGUUGCACCCAUGGCGAGUGCUACGGCUGGUCCUUCCAAGUACGUGAAGAUAUCCCAAGGGAACAUACGGGCACUUCCGGCUACGGCAUCAUCCACCCCGGACGAAGUUAAAAUUGUUCUCGAUGCCAAAGCCACACUGCGUAUCGUUUCCGGCACGAUCGAUCAGAUCCUGAAAAUCAUAAGGGAGCAACCCAAGUAUCCGUUGCUCCUGGAAACCGUAGCCAACGUGCUUGUGGUAAAAUCCGGCACACGUGCAAAGGAAAGGGUGAUUCUGCUGCGCGGUCACAAUGCCGGUCCAGUGCUGCAGGCAGUCUAUUACGAAAUCGACGCUGAUUUACCACCGCUCGGAGCGGGUGAUUUGGUGCGUUGUGUCGGACGGAUUCAACCAGUGGGAAACCGGUUGCAGAUACUGAAAAUCACUCGCACGACGGAACAGCACGACCGUGCCAUCGCCCGAUUGCAAACGGUCAGUGCUUUUACCACGAAAGUACGUCGCUAGAUGGUCAGUGAGAAGGCUUGA